AUGGGUGUUUCUCUUUCACGUUCAUCGGGACGAACAGCUGAAGCAAAGUAUAUUCAUUCCAUUGACACCAAAGAGUCAAAUGGCGAAAAUGAUGAAUUCUUGAACCAACGCACGAAAGGAAAAACAAGCAAGGGUAGAAAAAGCACAUCAAAACGGACCGAAACAGCAUUUUUCCAAUUCAAAGCAACGAAAAGCAAUCCAUGGGAUAUAUUUGAUAGCCUUGAUACCAUAGUCUCCAGGAAAUCUGUCCCGUUUGCUGCCCUUCCAGAUGAUAGCCCUCAAGCUUUGGCGGGCUCGGUGGUUGGUGACGAGGAUAUCACAGGUAAUCAGUCCAAGGAUGGAGCUGUCACACAUAGCACAAUCGGUGAUACGUUCCUUGAAGAUUUCGAUGACAGGAAUUCAACAAAGGAGUGCGCGGAAAAAAUGACGGGGGCGAAAAACGGAGAAAUCAUAGCGCAAAGGAUGACACCACCCUUAAAGAAUGACGAGACCCGCCGCAACCCUCAAAAGCUAAAAAGUACUGCGCAUAUCCUAGUGCCUCUAUCUCGUAGAAACUGUGCGGAUGGAGGAGGAACUAAGUGGGAAAGUGUGCCAGACCAGACCACGGAACAACCCCAUAGCGAAACUGAAAUGGUUUACCCCAAUAAUGAUUUCAGGGAACUAAACGGCAAAGUGUACCAGAUUUAA